AUGAUAGUAUCGAAGAAAUCGAUUUCUUGUGGAAUAAAAUAUAAUAAGCAAAAUGCAUGCAAUACUACUUUUACAAGAAAUAGGAAUCAAAGAAUUUUGGUACAAACAGAAGAAUUAUCACCAACACAAGUAGAUGUACUUAGGCAAACAUUAAUAAAUGAUUUAUCAGGUGGUAGUUCCAUAAGAAGACAAAAAGAGUUGUUAAGUAAUAAACUAUAUGAUGACCCUAUAACAAAGAAAUUGAUGAAAAGGGGAAUAUUAAAAUCUAAAAUUACAGAAAAGAAGGAAAUGCAAAUUGAAAAAAAACAAAAGGAAGAAAAACAGGACGUUGUAAAAUAUGAAGAAAUUGAUGUUCAAGUGGAUGAAGAUGAAGAAAUUGAACAUGAAAUAGUAGAAAAUGAGUUGGAUGAUAAUGUAGAAGUAGAAUAUGAAGUAGUUGAAGUUGAGGUAGUUGACGAUGAAGAUGUAGAAUAUUCAGAAGUUGAACUACAUGAGGAUAAAGAAGGAAAAAUAGAAGAAAUAAAAGAAAAUAAACAACUAAAAAUUGAAUUCAUAGAAAAGAAACCAUUAGAAAUUAAAGAAACUCAAAAAUAUUCAUUCGUAACAGAUGCACAAAAAGAAAAAGAACCAUUAAAAAUAAAUGAAAUAAAAUCUUACGAUCUUUUUAAAAAGGAUACUAUUAAACCAAAAGAUAAUUUAAGAAGAGACGAAAGUAAACCAUAUGAUACUUUAGAAAGAUAUGUAACAGAGGCACAAAAUAAUUUUAAAAGGGGAGAAACAAUAAUACAUGAUGCUUUUAAAAAAGAUGGAAUAAAAUCUCAAAAUACCUUAAAAAGGAAAGAAAUGAUAAUACAAAUUACACUUAAAGAAGAUGUCAUAAAAGAACAUGAUAAUUUAAGAACAGAUAAAAUAAUAAUGCAAGAAGAUCUUAAAAAUGAUGAAAUAAAAUCUCAAAAAAUAUUAAAAAGGGAAGAAAUAAUAAUACAAAUUACACUUAAAGAAGAUGUCACAAAAGAACAAGAUAAUAUAAAAAGGGAAAAAAUAAUUAUAGAAGAUGCUUUUAAAGAAGAUGAAAUAAAAUCACAAGAUACUUUAAAAGGGGAUGAAAUAAUUAUACAAGAUAAUUUAGGGCUAGAUAAAAUAAUAGUACAAGAUAGUUUUAACGAAGAAGAAAUAAAAUCUCACGACACUUUAAAAAUAGAAGAAAUAAAAGAAAAUGUUAUAUUAAAAGAAAAGGAAGUAACAAAAAUAGAUUCUUUAAAAAUAGAGGAAAUAAAAUCAAUAGAUCUGUUAAAGGAUGAAGUAAAACCAACAAAUAUACUAAGGAAAGAAGAAGAAAAACGGGAAGAUCCGUUAAAAAAAGAGGAAAUGGAAACAACAGAUACUUUAAAGGAUGAAGAAUCGAAAAUGAAAGAUCCGUUAAAAGAAGAUGCAGAAGAAGAGGAUAUUUUAAUCAAAUUAGAUAAAAUAAAAAUUAAUAUAGUUGAAGAUAAAAUAAAAAUACAAAUUCCUCAUAUAAAAUCAAAAGUUAUUGAAAAUAAAAUAAUUGACAUUUUGAAAGCAGAAUAUGAAGGUGCAGAUGAAAAUUUAACAAGAAAAUACAGAAUGAUAGAACUUAUGAAUUUAUAUUUUAAUGAAAUGGAUAAAUUUCAUCAAAGUGAUAUAUACACAAUUAUUGAAAAAUAUAGUAAAGAAAAAGAAUAUAAUUCUAUUAUGACACCUAUUUUUAAAGAGUUUAUGCAAACACACCGUAUAAGUUCUAUAUUAAGUAAAACUAUGAUGGGAACACUUGGACUAAUACCCUUCCUUACUGUAGGUAUAGGAAUAGUAGGUAUUACCUGUGCAUCUGGUGGUACUGUGGGUUUCGCUAUAAUAGGUGGAGCAAUUGCAUUUUUUUCAUUGCCAUUUCCAGGUUUAUUAUUUUCAAGGGUUAAAAGGACAAAAAAAUUUAAAGAAAAAUAUUGUAUAAUUAAUGGCAUAGAAGAUGACAAGAAGGAUGAUACGAUUGCAAAUACCUCUCAAGAUAAGGUAGAAGAAAAUAUGGGAUAA